AUGUCAUAAACCACAGCCAUGUCGACAGACGCCGAGAUGGCCAUCUUUGGGGAGGCGGCUCCUUACCUCCGGAAGUCAGAGAAGGAGAGAAUCGAGGCCCAGAACAAGCCUUUCGAUGCCAAGUCAUCCGUCUUUGUGGUACAUGCAAAAGAAUCCUAUGUGAAAAGCACAAUCCAGAGCAGGGAAUCAGGGAAGGUCACUGUCAAGACUGAAAAGGGAGAGACCCUGACCGUGAAGGAAGAUCAGAUCUUCUCCAUGAACCCUCCCAAGUAUGACAAAAUUGAGGACAUGGCCAUGAUGACCCACCUCCACGAACCCGCUGUGCUGUACAACCUCAAAGAGCGUUACGCAGCCUGGAUGAUCUACACCUACUCGGGUCUCUUCUGCGUCACUGUCAACCCCUACAAGUGGCUGCCCGUGUACAACCCGGAGGUGGUGUUGGCCUACCGAGGCAAGAAGCGCCAGGAGGCCCCUCCACACAUCUUCUCCAUCUCUGACAACGCCUAUCAGUUCAUGCUGACUGAUCGGGAGAACCAGUCCAUCCUGAUCACCGGAGAAUCCGGUGCCGGGAAGACUGUGAACACAAAGCGUGUCAUCCAGUACUUUGCAACAAUUGCAGCCAGCGGGGACAAGAAGAAGGAGGAGCAGACAUCAGGCAAAAUGCAGGGGACACUUGAGGAUCAAAUCAUCAGUGCCAACCCACUGCUGGAGGCCUUUGGAAACGCCAAGACCGUGAGGAACGACAACUCCUCGCGCUUUGGUAAAUUCAUCAGAAUCCACUUUGGUGCCACAGGCAAACUGGCUUCUGCUGACAUUGAAACAUAUCUGCUGGAGAAGUCCAGAGUCACUUUCCAGCUCAAGGCAGAAAGAAGCUACCACAUCUUUUAUCAGAUCAUGUCCAACAAGAAGCCAGAGCUGAUUGAGAUGUUACUGAUCACCACCAACCCAUAUGACUAUCAGUACGUGAGUCAAGGUGAGAUCACUGUUCCCAGCAUUAACGACCAGGAAGAGCUGAUGGCCACGGAUAGUGCCAUUGACAUCCUGGGCUUCACUCCUGACGAGAAAACAGCCAUCUACAAGCUGACAGGGGCCGUCAUGCACUACGGGAACCUGAAGUUCAAGCAGAAGCAGCGUGAGGAGCAGGCAGAGCCUGAUGGCACUGAAGUUGCUGACAAGGCUGCCUACCUGAUGGGUCUGAAUUCAGCAGACCUGCUCAAGGCCCUCUGCUACCCCCGAGUCAAGGUGGGGAAUGAAUAUGUGACCAAGGGCCAAACAGUGCAGCAGGUGUACAAUUCAGUGGGUGCCCUGGCAAAGGCUGUGUUUGAGAAGAUGUUCCUGUGGAUGGUUGUUCGCAUCAACCAACAGCUGGACACGAAGCAGCCCAGGCAGUACUUCAUUGGUGUGCUGGACAUUGCUGGCUUUGAGAUCUUUGACUUCAACAGCCUGGAGCAGUUGUGCAUCAACUUCACCAAUGAAAAACUGCAACAGUUCUUCAACCAUCACAUGUUCGUGCUAGAGCAGGAGGAGUACAAGAAGGAGGGAAUUGAAUGGGAGUUUAUUGACUUUGGGAUGGACCUGGCUGCCUGCAUUGAGCUCAUUGAGAAGCCCAUGGGCAUCUUCUCCAUCCUGGAAGAGGAGUGCAUGUUCCCCAAGGCAACUGACACCUCUUUCAAGAACAAGCUCUAUGACCAGCACCUGGGCAAGUCCAACAACUUCCAGAAGCCCAAGCCUGGCAAAGGCAAGGCUGAGGCCCACUUCUCCCUGGUGCACUAUGCUGGCACAGUGGACUACAACAUCACUGGGUGGCUUGACAAGAACAAGGACCCUCUGAAUGAAACAGUGGUGGGGCUGUAUCAGAAAUCAUCCCUGAAGACCCUAGCCUUACUCUUUGCCUCUGCUGGAGGAGAGGCAGAGGCUAGUGGUGGUGGUGGUGGUGGUGGCAAGAAGGGAGGCAAGAAGAAGGGUUCUUCUUUCCAGACAGUGUCAGCUCUGUUCAGGGAAAACCUGAACAAGCUGAUGACCAAUCUGCGGAGCACUCACCCCCAUUUUGUGCGCUGUAUCAUCCCCAAUGAAUCUAAAACACCUGGUGCCAUGGAGCACGAGCUGGUGCUGCACCAGCUGCGCUGUAAUGGCGUGUUGGAAGGGAUCAGGAUCUGCAGGAAAGGAUUCCCGAGCAGAAUCCUCUAUGCUGACUUCAAACAGAGUCUGUGCCUGUGCUUUGCCCGGCCUGACAGCGAUGUGCUGCAACAUUCCCUCUCUAAGGUGUUCUUCAAAGCUGGGCUGCUGGGGCUCCUGGAGGAGAUGAGGGAUGAGAAGCUGGCACAGCUCAUCACCCGCACACAGGCCGUGUGCAGGGGUUACCUGAUGAGGGUGGAGUACCGGAGAAUGGUGGAGAGAAGAGAGUCCAUCUUCUGCAUCCAGUACAACGUUCGUGCAUUCAUGAACGUCAAACACUGGCCCUGGAUGAAGCUGUUCUUCAAGAUCAAGCCCUUGCUGAAGAGUGCAGAGUCUGAGAAGGAGAUGGCCAACAUGAAGGGAGAGUUUGAGAAAACCAAGGAAGAGCUUGCAAAGUCUGAGGCAAAGCGGAAGGAGCUGGAGGAGAAAAUGGCUUCUCUAAUGCAAGAAAAAAAUGAUCUGCAGCUCCAAGUGCAAUCUGAAGCUGAUGCUCUGGCUGAUGCUGAGGAAAGGUGUGACCAACUCAUCAAAACCAAAAUCCAGCUGGAAGCCAAAAUUAAAGAGGUGACUGAAAGAGCUGAGGAUGAGGAGGAAAUCAAUGCUGAGCUGACAGCCAAGAAGAGAAAACUGGAGGAUGAAUGUUCAGAGCUGAAGAAAGAUAUUGAUGACCUUGAGCUAACACUGGCCAAGGUGGAGAAGGAAAAACACGCCACUGAAAACAAGGUGAAAAACCUCACAGAGGAGAUGCUCCGAGUCGUGGAGUCCAUGCAAAGCACCCUGGAUGCUGAGAUCAGGAGCAGGAAUGAAGCCCUGAGGCUGAAGAAGAAGAUGGAGGGAGACCUGAAUGAAAUGGAGAUCCAGCUCAGCCAUGCCAACCGCCAGGCUGCCGAGGCACAAAAGAACCUGAGAAAUGCACAAGCAGUGCUGAAGGACACCCAGAUACACUUGGAUGAUGCUGUCAGGGCACAAGAGGACCUGAAGGAGCAGGUGGCCAUGGUGGAGCGCAGAGCAAACCUGCUGCAGGCUGAAGUUGAGGAGCUACGGGCAGCCCUGGAGCAGACGGAGCGGUCAAGGAAAGUGGCUGAGCAGGAGCUCCUGGAUGCAAGUGAGAGAGUUCAGCUUCUACAUAGCCAGAACACCAGCUUGAUCAACACCAAGAAGAAGCUGGAGACAGACAUUUCUCAGAUUCAGAGCGAAAUGGAGGAUACGAUCCAGGAGGCCCGCAAUGCUGAAGAGAAGGCCAAGAAGGCCAUCACAGAUGUGAGUACGGUGAAGGACCUGCAGCUUCGUCUGGAAGAGGCCGAGCAGUUGGCCCUGAAGGGAGGCAAGAAGCAAAUCCAGAAGCUGGAGGCCAGGGUGCGGGAGCUGGAAGGGGAGGUUGAUGCUGAGCAGAAGCGCAGCGCUGAAGCCGUGAAGGGUGUGCGCAAGUACGAGAGGAGGGUGAAGGAACUCACCUAUCAGUCUGAGGAAGACCGGAAGAAUGUUCUCAGGCUGCAGGAUCUGGUGGACAAGCUGCAAAUGAAGGUGAAAGCCUACAAGAGGCAGGCUGAGGAGGCUGAGGAGCUCUCCAAUGUCAACCUCUCCAAGUUCCGCAAGAUCCAACACGAGCUGGAGGAAGCCGAAGAACGGGCUGACAUUGCAGAGUCACAGGUCAACAAGCUCCGAGUGAAGAGCCGGGAGUUUCAUAAGAAGGUAGCAGAGGAGGAAUGAGGUUCCCAAAGCUAAAAAGUGACCUGAGGCAUGCAUAAAAUGUAAACCUCUGUGUUGCUUUCUUCUGUAAUUAUCAUUUAUGUGUAGGUAAUAAAUACAGUAGAGACCUUUGCGUAUGAACAGUGCAUGCUUUAUUUAUUCUAGCAUUCAUUACAUUUAAAAGUAUGUCAAAGAGCAUUACAUUUUUACAUCUGCAUUUUAAAAGUACAUGAAAAAUAGUAACAACUAUAUAGAUUUAUUAUUCCUCUUGCAAUGAGAAGUAUGCACUUCUUUGAUGGACUAAGACUACAUUCUUCCAAGUUAUUUUGAUCAACACUUUCGGAAAAAAAAAAAAAAAAGGAAAAAUA